AUGGGUCUUCCGAAUAAAGCGGCGCUCCGAUGCACAAUUGAACGAUAUAAGGCACGCCUUGUUGCCAAAGGCUUCCAUCAACAAUCUGGUGUCGAUUAUUUUGAUACAUUCAGUCCUGUGGUUAAGCCCACAACCGUUCGCACUGUUCUCUAUCUGGCUAUUUCUUCUGGAUGGCCUCUUCGGCAACUCGAUGUCAAAAACGCAUUCUUGCACGGCUCUCUAUCUGAAGAUGUUUAUAUGCGGCAACCACCUGGCUUUGCUGACCCUGACCGGCCCAAUCAUGUGUGUAAACUUCAUAAGGCCAUUUAUGAUGACAUCAUUCUCACUGGCAGUAAUUCUUCUCAUCUCCUUGCCUUUCUCCGCAAAUUGGGUGCUGAGUUUGACAUAAAAGAUUUGGGGCGUUUGCAUUAUUUUCUUGGUGUGGAGGUCCAUUAUCACCCUACUUCCAUCCAUCUUACUCAAAACAAGUACACUGUUGAUCUUCUCAAACGCAGCAAUCUCUUGGACUGCAAACCUGUUUCUACACCCAUGACUUCCAAAGGUACUCUUUCUCGUACCCAUGGUACUGUCCUUGCGGAUCCUACCCCUUAUCGACAGAUGGUUGGCGCCUUACAAUAUCUCACCAUGACUCGUCCUGAUAUCUCAUACGCUGUUCAACAUGUCUCUCAAUUUAUGGGAUCACCCAGUGAUGUUCAUUUUGAAGCUGUCAAACGGAUUUUACGUUAUCUAAAAGGCACCCUUGGAGUUGGUCUUCCUGUUCGUAGGUCUCCUGACUGUUCCUUCUUAGUCGCCUAUUCUGAUGCAGAUUGGGCUGGAUGUCCUGACACUCGCAGGUCCACAACCGGGUAUUGUGUAUUCUUGGGACCCAACCUCAUUUCGUGGAGUUCUAAGAAGCAGCCCACCGUUUCCCGUUCUAGUGCCGAAGCCGAAUAUCGAGCUCUUGCCUAUGCCUGUGCAGAUACUUUGUGGAUUCAAGGUCUCUUAACUGAACUUCGUUGUCCGCUUACUCGUCCAGUUUUACUUAACUGUGACAACCUGUCUGCCACAUACUUAGCCGCUAAUCCUGUCUUCCAUGCUCGUACAAAACACAUUGCUAUUGAUUAUCACUUUGUCCGUGAACGGGUCGCCUCUGGCAGUCACAAAGUUCAGUUUGUUCCUUCUCAACUCCAGCUUGCAGAUGUCUUCACAAAAGGAUUACCAGCUGACCGUUUUGAACGUCUGGUUUCCAAACUCGUCACCUAUCCGGUGUCCAGUUUGUGGGGGAAUGUUAGGCCGUUAUCCUAA